AGAGGUCUUUCUUUGAGUGGACGCAUGAUGCAAACGAGGCUUGUUGCCUCCCAGUAGCCGCCGUCCACACAUAAUUCAUCGCCGCUCAAGACAUUUGUAUUACUCUACCAACUACCUGCUGACCCGUUCCUUUCAACGACCCAAUCACAUAUCAUGCCUCCAACGGAUCUCAUGAAGAAAUCCUCUACUGCCACUACCACUAACUCACCCGUAAAUGUCAAGCUUCUACUAAUCGGGAACGCCUCAGUAGGGAAAAGUAGUUUGCUCUUGCGCUUCUCGGACGAGCAAUGGCUCCCCGAGGACGAAGCGAGCGCAACGAUAGGCGUUGAUUUCCGUGUGCACAAGAUGGAAGUCAACGGACGAAAGGUGAAACUCAGUAUAUGGGAUACAGCCGGCCAAGAACGAUUCCGUACGAUCACAUCCUCAUACUACCGUGGUGCUCAAGGGAUCAUACUUGUGUAUGAUGUAGCAAACCGCGAGACAUUCGAAGCGCUUCCGAAAUGGUUUUCAGAAAUCGACACCUAUGUCUCAAUCACAGUACCGAAGAUUAUUGUUGGAAACAAGGUCGAUAAGGAAAACUCUCGACAAGUCUCCACGGACGAAGGUUCCACUUUUGCCUCUCGUCAGAAUGCCCUCUUCGUUGAGGCCUCUGCAAAGACGGCUAUAGGGGUACGCGAGGUAUUCGAGGAGCUAGUGGCGCGGAUUCUUGAGACCCCAGAACUAUGGGCACCUGUUGCACCGGAAGCUGGUGUGAGUUUUGGGAAGCGGGGUGAGGAGGACGGUAUGCCGGGAACGAUCAAUAUAGGGCGUGACACGACUGCACAGGACGACGGGAGUUGCGGAUGCUAGAUUCUGUGUUUAAGCGGCUGUCACUGUGAGGCCGCUUUGCACGCGGCGGAUGGAACCCACGGGGGUCGAUCUGCCUCGGACACGACUGAUAUACCUUGAUGUGCCUACGUACUGCACUCAAUUCAUGUACUAUAGACACGCGGGCCAUCUGGAGAAAUCAAUCCUUGUUACAUUUACCAUCACCUUAUAGGGGUAAUACGCAGACUGGUGGAAUUUCAAGGUGCGGAAUGGUGUGGGUUGGGUGAGCACGAGGCAUUUAUAUAACUACAUGCCACUUAUUUGUUUCUAACGAAUACUGUUGUGAUCAAAGUCAAACACCAGGAAGCAGACUCAUUGUCCACGCGAGUAUGCAGCAAUUACCAGAUCACACAUCAGUACACACGAUGAGUGCGCAGUAUUAGCCUCGGUUGACCAUAUAUA